AUGGCCGCCGCCGCGCCCCCGCCCAACCGGCCGAUUAAGAUCCUAAUGCUGCACGGCUACACGCAAUCCGGACCCUUAUUCCAAGCCAAAACGGGCGCUCUCCGCAAAACCCUCAACAAAGCCUUCCCCAAAGGCAUCGAGCUCGUCUACCCCACCGGCCCAAUCCGCCUCACCCCCACUGACUUCUCCCUCAUCACCGGCGCCGUCACCGAACGCACCUCCGCCCCGGACGCCGACGAAGAACUCGAUGCCUGGGCCUGGUGGCGCAAACGCAACACCAACGAUGGCACCUACCUUUUCGACGGGCUAGACGAAGGGUUCGCGCAUAUUGCCUCCAUCCUCAAAGAACAAGGGCCCUUCGAUGGCGUUAUUGGAUUUUCCCAGGGCGCAGCUGCAACAGCCAUGGUUGCAUCGUUGCUCGAACCCAAGCGCAAAGAAGCAUUCGACGCACAGCAAGCAGCCGGCACCGGAAUCCCCUUUCCGCCGUCCUUUGAGGGAAACAUCCACCCUCCGCUCAAAUUCGCCGUUUCAUACAGCGGCUUUGCGGCCAUUCCCCCGCCCUCGCCGUCACAAGAUACCAAGGCAGCAUCACGGUACAUUGCGUUUUACGAGCCGGAGAUCGAAACCCCCAUCUUACACUUCUUGGGGACACAGGAUGUAGUUAUUGAGGAAGCGCGUAGUCUGGCGCUGGUGGAGCGGUGUAAGAGGAAAGAGGACAAGUACGUCGUGUAUCAUCCUGGAGGCCAUUUUUUGCCGAGUACGCAGAAGGCGAGUGUGAAUGCGCUGGUGGGGUUUAUUAGGGAGGUGCUUUGGGAGCAAGAGGGGGCAAAAGAGGAGGAUGAUUUGGAGGAUAUUAUGGGACAUUUUGAUAAGAAGCCUGUGGUGGGGGAGCGGGAGGCUAAGUUUCACCUUUGA